AUGACACAGUGUUCAAAAUGGCCAUUAACAAGAACCCGCAAGCGAAGAAAUCUGAGAGAGAACCAUCGAAAAAAUCUCUGCCUCCACCAACAAAUAUCAGUUCAUUCAUAGUAAUUCUGAUCCUUACGCUGUGUAAAAAGGUUUUACUGAUAGAUACAGCUGUGAAAAUUGGAAUGUACUUGUUGAUAGUGAUGAUCGGAUCAGUUAUUGCUGACUUUUCAGUUUUACCAAAGUUCUAUUUAGCAGAGAAACACAACAUAUUGAAUAGAUUUUUUGUCAGAAUGGGAUGGGGCUGGACCUUUAUCCUACUUUCAAUGUAUAUAUUUAUGACCAGCUAUGUAUACACACUAGGAAACUUGAAGAAUGUACUUAAACAUUUGUGUCGCUUGGCAGUUGCAACAUUUUGGUGGUAUUUCAUCACAUCAACAUUUCGCAGAGUUGAAGAAAUUGUAGGUGUCUGUUCAGAACCAACCAAAGGUAGCAAGAUGUCUUGUAUUAAAUCUGGAAAGUUAUGGUUAGGAUUUGAUAUAUCAGGGCAUACUUUCCUUUUAAUUCAUUGUUUGCUAACAAUAUCAGAAGAAGUGCGAUGCUUUAAAGAUUGGAAAAAAUUAGGACAGAUUUUAACAGAAGAUAAUGUUGAAAAAAGAAACUUGAAGAAAUCUGAUGUAGAGAAUUCAAUCGAGGCAUACAAUUUACUAUCACCAUACGUCAAGGCAUUAUUUACAUCCUUGGCUAUUUGCACUGUAAUUUUUGAAUUUAUGUUAUUGAUAACAACUGUUUAUAGAUUUCACACACUUUCACAGAAAGUAACAGCAGGUUUUAUAGCAGUUGGAUGUUGGUUUAUUAGCUACAGGAUCUUAGUACCCAGCAGCUUUGAUGUGAUAAAGCAAUCCGGUGACAGUGUGCUAAAAUUUACAAAACUUGAUUGAUAAUUUAAAGUGCCAUAUUUUGCUUUAUUAUUUAAUCUAACUUAAUGAGAAAUUCUAAAUGAAAAGAUCUGUACAAUUCAGAGCCCUUCUUCAUAGCAUGAAAGAAAAUUAUUUAUUAUCAUGAUUACAAAUGUAUACAUGUGUAUGUCAUGUAUGUUUCGAGAAAGAGUAUUUAAAUUACAUUUACUUUUCACUUCUGCUUCCAUUUAACCAUUUUAUUAUUUGAAUUAUAUUAAAAUGCUUGACAAAAAGCUGAAUUUUCAAAGUAGCAAUCAGAAUUUAACUGUAAAUACACAUGUAUAGCAUGUCCAUUUAUAAACAGACUAUGUUUAAUUCAACUUUACACAUUUAUCACUUAAUAUCAGUUUCUUUGAUCAGUAUAUUAUUAUCUACAUUGUACAUGAUAUUACCCUGAAAUUCUUUAUCAAAGCCAAAUAAAAAAAGGGUAGUCACCUGUAAUGCCUGUGAAAAGAAGGAAUUUAAAAUAAAUACAUGUAUACAUGUACAUGUGGUAAGUUUGAAACAUCCACUUUAGUCUUUAACAUGUUUAAAGAUGAAAGUUGAAGGUGUGGUUGGACUUAGAAGAGGUUCACCCUUCUAUUUGGAGCUAGCUUGGACACUAGCAAUGUACAUACAGGGUCAAGUGCUUUGAAGGUGUGGUUGGACUAAGAAGAGGUUCACCCUUCUAUUUGGAGCUAGCUUGGACACUAGCACUGUACAUACAGGGUCAAGUGCUUUGAAGGUGUGGUUGGACUAAGAAGAGGUUCACCCUUCUACAUGUAUUUGGAGCUACCGGUAGCUUGGACACUAGCACUGUACAUACAGGGUCAAGUUCUUUGAAAGUGUGGUUGGACUUUGAGGAGGUUCAUCCUUCUAUUUGGAGCUAGCUUGGACACUAGCACUGUACAUACAGGGUCAAGUGCAUUUCAUGCAACACAAUGUAUAAUCAUUUAUUUAUAAUUACAUAUUUAUAGCAUUACACAUGAUUUACCGGUAACUGAAGUAAGUUUGGUCUGGAAAUAACCAAAUACGGUUCAAUACAAACGUAAAUUUGGCAAAUCUUAAUUAUCAUUAUGAUUAUCUUUAUUCUUAAGUUGAAAUACUAUUUCGGUCAUUGUUGGUUAAUGCUUUGAAGAAAAUUGAAUAAUUGAGCAUAAUAUGGUACAGUUAGGUAUUUGUCUUGUUUGUUACUGUUUAUUCAGUAUUAAUUUAAAAGUCAACUGUUGUAAAUCCCAAGAUUUAGUUGUUUUUUUGUUUUUUUUUACCUUACAAUCUAGUGUCAAACCAUUUAUAUUGUUAUUAUUAUAUUUUAUUUGAAGUUUUUUUUUCUGUUUGAAAUGUUUUUAUACGACCGCAAAAAAAUUUUGUGGUCGUAUAUUGGUAUGACGUUGGCGUCGUCGUCGUCCGGCGUCGUCGUCCGAAGACACAUUGGUUUUCGCACUCUAACUGUAGUUUAAGUGAAUGGAUCUUUUUGAAAUUUGACCAUAAGGUUAAAUACCACAAAAGGAAGGUUGGGAUUGAUUUUGGGGGUUAUGGUACAAACAGUUAAGGAAUUAGGGGCAAAAAAGGGGCCAAAAAUAAGCAUUUUCUAGUUUCCAGACAAUAACUGUGGAACGGUGUAUGGAUCUCUCUGAAAUUAUACUACAAGUUUCCAUACCACAAAGGGAUGGUUAGGAUUUGCUUUGGGGGAGUUAUGGCUCAAACCGUUUAGGAAUUAGGGGCAAAAAAGGGGGAAAAACAAGGUUGUCCUGGUUAAUGGACAAAUACUUUAGUACAAAACAUAAUUUAAAGCAGUGUAAGGGAGAUAAAUCAAAUACAUCAUUGAAAUUAUCUCCCUUACACUGCUUUUAAAUUAUGUAUAAUGUAAUGGUUAAUGAACAAUAAAGAUAAUUUAAAACAGUGUAAGGGAGGUAAUCCAAAUACAAUGUUUUGGUUACUUCCCUUACACUGCUUUUAAAUUAUGUUUAAAGAAAUGCAUAUUUAUAAAGGAAGACCAGUAAAAAUAUCUGCAAAUGUUGCAUCUUUUUUUUUUACAAAAAAAUCCAUAUGAAAGAUUUGACACUAUAUUUUUAAUUCUAUUAUAAAAUAGAUUAAGUUAGCACUAUGGUAAAUUUAAAUGGGUAAUUAUGGUUGCCAACUCCAUUGGAAAUUUGAAUUGAUAUUAUGACCAUAUCUUGAGGGAAAGAAUUUUUUGGGGAAAAAAAGGGGGGGGGGAUAAAAAGAAAUUGUGGGGGGUCAAUUUUUUCUCAUUUCAGAUUUCAGAAAUUAAAAAGAAUUAUUCUUCAAAUAUUUUUUUUUUUUCAAAUUUCAAAUAUUGAAAAAUUUCAAGAAGUAAUCUUUAAUUGCACAGUAUGGCGCAUUAGAUUUGUAAAAUCUUUGAUCACAUUUAUUUAUUUGUUAUGCCGAAUCUAACAGUGUAUUUAGAUUUUUAAUUUUGGGUCCAGUUUUCAAAUUGGUCUACAUUAAGGUCCAAAGGGUCCAAAAUUAAACUUUGUUUGCUUUUAGCAAAAAUUGAAUAUAUGAGGUUCUUUGAUAUGCUGAAUCUAACCAUGUAUUUAGAUUUUUGAUUUUUGGCCCAGUUUUCAAGUUGGUCAAAAUUGGGGUCCAAAAUUAAACUUUGUUUGAUUUCAACAAAAAUUGAAUAUAUGGGGUUCUUUGAUAUGCUGAAUCUAACCAUGUAUUUAGAUUUUUUAUUUGUGGACCGCGUUAUCAAAUUGGUUCAUAUUGAGGUCAAAAGGGUCCAAAAUUAAACUUUGUUUGAUUUCAUCUAAAAUUGAAUUAUUGGGGUUCUUUGAUAUUCCAAAUCUAACCGUGUAUUUAGAUUUUUAAUUUUGGGUCCUGUUUUUUAAAUUGGUCUACAUUAAGGUUUAAAGGGUCCAAAAUUAAACUUAGUUUGAUUUUAACAAAAAUUGAAUUCUUGGGGUUCUUUGAUAUGCUGAAUCUAAACAUGUGUUUAGAUUUUUGAUUAUGGGCCCAGUUUUCAAGUUGGUCCAAGAUAGGGUCCAGUAUUUAAACUUUGUUUGAUUUCAACAAAAAUUGAAUAUAUGGGGUUCUUUGAUAUGCUGAAUCUAAACAUGUAUUUAUAUUUUUGAUUAUGGGCCCAGUUUUCAAGUUGGUCCAAAUUGGGGUCCAAAAUUAAACUUUGUUUGAUUUCAACAAAAAUUGAAUAUAUGAGGUUCUUGAUAUGCUGAAUCUAACCAUGUAUUUAGAUUUUUUAUUUGUAGGGCCCGCUAUCAAAUUGGUUCAUAUUGAGGUCAAAGGGGUCCAAAAUUAAACUUUGUUUGAUUUCAUCAAAAAUUGAAUUAUUGGGGUUCUUUGAUAUGCCAAAUCUAACCGUGUUUUUAGAUUUUUAAUUUGGGUCCUGUUUUUUAAAUUGGUCUUCAUAGAGGUCCAAAGGGUCCAAAAUUAAACUUAGUUUGAUUUUAACAAAAAUUGAAUUCUUGGGGUUCUUUGAUAUGCUGAAUCUAAACAUGUGUUUAGAUUUUUGAUUAUGGGCCCAGUUUUCAAGUUGGUCCAAGUUGGGGUCCAAAAUUAAACUUUGUUUGAUUUCAACAAAAAUUGAAUAUAUGGGGUUCUUUGAUAUGCUGAAUCUAACCAUGAAUUUAGAUUUUUUAUUUGUGGGCCCCGCUAUCAAAUUGGUUCAUAUUGAGGUCAAAAGGGUCCAAAAUUAAACUUUGUUUGAUUUCAUCAAAAAUUGAAUUAUUGGGGUUCUUUGAUAUGCCAAAUCUAACCGUGUAUUUAGAUUUUUAAUUUUAAGUCCCGUUUUUUAAAUUGGUCUACAUUAAGGUCCAAAGGGUCCAAAAUUAAACUUAGUUUGAUUUUAGCAAAAAUUGAAUUCUUGGGGUUCUUUGAUAUGCUGAAUCUAAACAUGUGUUUAGAUUUUUGAUUAUGGGCCCAGUUUUCAAGUUUGUCCAAGUUGGGGUCCAAAAUUAAACUUUGUUUGAUUUUAACAAAAAUUGAAUAUAUGGGGUUCUUUGAUAUGCUGAAUCUAACCAUGUAUUUUGAUUUUGGACAUUGGACCAUAAUAGGUAAAUUAAAAAAAUUCAAGUUCUUAGACCACAUUCUUUCUGUGUCAGAAACCUAUGCUGUGUCAAAUAUUUAAUAACAAUCCAAAUUCAGAGCUGUAUCAAGCUUGAAUGUUGUGUCCAUACUUGCCCCAACUGUUUAGGGUUCGACCUCUGCGGUCGUAUCAAGCUGCGCCUCAGCGAAGCAUUUUAUUAUUUUUAUAACAGGCAUGUUUGAUGUUCCUUUGAUAUUCUACUUAAUUUUUUCUAGUUUUAUAUAAAUGAUUUUGAGAGACAUUUUCUUUGUAUUUAUUUAUUUUAUCAUUGUUUAUGUGUCCUAGUUUUUAAAUUUAAAAAAUAUAAUUUCUUUUCUCCUUUUUUAUGAAAUAAUUUUUUUUUUUUUCAAAUCAGUUAUGUAGAUGAAAAUGAUAAAUAUAUUAAGUGUGUAUAAUACUAUACAUAAUGUAUAACUGUGAUUUAAAGCUAAGACUAUAAAGAGUAUAUGUACAACGCUCAGUUUCAAACACAAGAUGUAUAUACAUUACUACCAUGUACAAGCUCCUUGUGGCCGCUAGUCAAUAUUUUUUUGCCAGCCAUCAAAGUUCUGCAGACAUUCUUGCACUUAAUAGCUUUAAACUCCACUGAAGAUUUGGGAAAUACAGGAAUCAUCAGCCAUCCAAAUUUGUUCUAAAAUGCUUGUCAGUGUACAUUCAUUGGUCAUCAGAAGCAAAUGUAGGAAAGGGCAAGGUGCCCAGCCCUCCUUAAUGAGCUACAUAUAUGGUUAAUGCAUAGACUUUUUACAUGUCCCACUCCAAAUUAAACGUUGCCUAGUUUUGGGGCCUGGGCCCCCUUUUACAAAAUCAUGGAUCCGCAUCUGUUUAUUACAUUAAAUAUUUUACAUAAUGUUUGAAAAUACACAUGUAAAAUUGAAAAAAUUUUGUCUGCUUAGGUUUCAAUGCAUGUGAUUGUACUUUUCAGCAUAGUACAGUUUUUAUGUCUAUCUUUAAUCAGAUUGUGAAUUUUCAAUGGUAUUAUCAAACAGUUUGUAGUAUAUUUGGAUGGGGAAAAUGUAUUGAUAGAUUGAAAAAUUAAUGGUGUUGAUUGUGAGUUGAGCAAGAUGGACCUGAAUUAACCUUUUUUUCAUAGUUGAAAUUCCCUAGCAAGAGGGACAUCUUUACUUGUAUGUACACAGUACAGUUCUUUAAAUCACACCAAAACAUUGUCAGUUUGGGGAGAAAAGAAAUGAAUGUACAUACUUUUUGGUUGCUACCUUGGUAAAUGCUUACUGUUUUUUAGAGUAUUUAUUAUUUUGUGUUGUAACAUUUGUUUAUAUUAUAUUUAUACCAUAUCUUCUUUACAGGAUUGUUUUCAAUAAAAAUGGCAUUCAAAAUA